UACAACAAUUUUUUCAAUAAACUUUUCUUAGAACAUAUAUUAAUAUAUGUUCUAAGAAAAAAGCAUGUUAAAUUGAUAGUUGCAUAUAUCAAAGCUUCUUAAUUUUUCGCGAUUCUGAUUGGUUUUCUCAUUGCGUUUUACUUCGCGAGCAAUUGUUAUCAUGACAUUGCUGUCAUUUUGACAGUUGUGCGUAACAAGAGGUUAAUAGCAUAUUGUAAUAUAAUACAAUAUAAUCCAAUAUAAUACAUUUAAACAAUAUAAAAUGGCGACUGAAAUUACCGACUGGAAUUACAUUAUUUUGCCCUCGAUCAACAGUAAGAUAGAAGCAGAAAUAAUACUGCAGAUUGAUGCCUCCUUGCCAGACGAUCAAAAACUGCCUAUAUUAUAUCAAGCAGGAGCAGCAGCUCAGCAUAAAUUGAUAAAACAGAAUGCACUGGUAUGGGCUUAUAAUAGGUUUGCAGAUGAAAAUGCUAGAAAGUUAUUUGUAAAUGGUGUUGCUGGCAUACUAGAUCUUGGGUUGGUAAGAAAAGCUGGUGAUGUCUCGGAUGGGGAUUGGAGAGCUACAAACGUAACAGAGUCAUUUACUGCAGACAUUAUUAAAAAUAUUGCCAGUUUGGUGACUGUUAACGAGAUGAAGAAGGGAUUAACUAUAGCUGUAGCAACUAAAGUCAAUUAUUGGCUAAUAAAUCACCAUAUAGGACAAGGAACUGUGGCAGGCUAUGUUAAGAAAGUUAUGGAUAUUUUUUUCGAUGGAAUGCAAGUAUCAGAUCAAAUGAUUACUGCUGUUCAUAGUUUGGGCCAUUUCACCAGCACUCUUGGAGUUCUAUCUGCCGUUGGAAUGAAGAACAUCCGAAAUUCAGUCGCCAUAACUCAUGUAGAAGGAGCUUUAGUUUCAUUAGCCGAUAUCAAACUUAGAUUCGAAUCAUUACCUGCUGGUACAGGUAGACUCAAAAUUGCAUAUGAAUCAGCUAAGCGUCUUAUGCGAAGCUUUUAUGCUCAAUACUGUCCAGGUGUGGAUGACUUUAAAAACCUACCAAAAAUUAGGAAAAACAUAUUAGAAAAUCCAGCUAGAUAUCAUAUAGAGGCAUCAUACUUGACCGGAGCGGCUAGAGCUGAUUAUCAGGACAUUGAUAAUGAAAAAUAUCUCGGUAGACUUGGGACAUUCAUAUUAACACUUCACAAGAAUUCAACCCUUGCUAAGUCCCCCUAUAUGUCACAAUCAAGAGUACAGAAUUACCUUGAUUAUGAUGCUAACUUUAAGCAGCUACUGAUAAGACUUCAGCAGCGACAUGCUGCUGCACAAAUAGAGGCAGUCGCUGUUGCACCUGAAGAAAUCUUGAAGCGGUUGCGUGACAAAUUCAGAGCUUAAAUACAUUAUUUAGUUUUCCAUUUAUAAUUGUGUUUAUAAAUAUUACUCGUAUAGUUGUGUUAAUGAUUUUUCAACAGUAAUUCAAUUUCAAUUUUUUUUUAUUCAUUUAGAAAAUUUUGAUAAAAUAAUAACAAACCACCGAAAACGUAAAA